AUGUAUCCCAAGAUCGUUAAAGCAAUGUUUAUCAACAAGUCGAUAGUACAUCCAACUUCCAAAAGCACACCUAAUGGUGGGAAGAUCACGGCAAAGAUAAAUUUGAAGAUGUCAGAGCAUGUUCCAACUUGGACCAAGCCAAACGGUGCAUUUAAAAAGUGUGCACUUGGAGAGCUUAUAAAAGAAAUUGACGCGAUUCUGAGAUGA